AUGGCACUCAGGAUACAGUACCGCAACCUGCUGCGGACGGCCCAGUGCCAGAAACCCGCCGCCGACCUACCCGCCAGGUCUUUCCCGGCGAAACCCUCCCUGCUCGCACCCCGACACCGCCAACAGCAACCCUUCUCGACCUCCCUCAACAAACGGCAAGAACCGCGACAACCUCCCGUCCCCGAACAGCCAACUGCCAUUGUACCACCAGCGCCCGUAGAUCCCUCCCUCGCAAGACCACCAGCAACCCCAUCCCCACCACCCCCUCCGACCGAUCCCAAGCAACCACCGCAACCCCAACCCCAACAACCAAAGAAGCCCUCCCGCCUCGUCCCGCGCCUAAUCUUCGCGCUCGCCUUCACGCUCGCCGGCGGCCUAGGCGGCUCCUCUUUGCGCCUGGCCCUCUCCCCGCCCGACCCCCCCGCACCAGCAACAGCCGAAGACGCCUACACGACCCGCGUGCUGCACGAGCAGGCGGCCAAGCUACCCGUAGUCCAACAGCUGAACGCCGACGCGGCCACGUGGGAGUCGUGGGACGCGUACGAGUCGCUGCCCGCGGCGCACCGCGCGCAGCACAUCACGGCGGGCGCGCUGGCCGGGUCGCGCGGCGUGGGCGGGUACCAGCGGGUGUGGUGGAACCGGCGGACGGGGGAGUUGGUGAGUGUGAUCUUUUUUGGGAGUGCGACGACGGGCUGGCCGGGCGUCGUGCAUGGGGGCUGUCUGGCGACGGUGUUGGAUGAGAGUUGUGGGCGGGCCGCGUUCAAGGAUGUCGAGUGGGGUGGGCGCACGGGCAUGACGGCGAAGUUGGGGUUGGAGUAUAAGAGGAUUACCAUGGCGAAUGGCUUCUAUGUGGUGCGGGUGAAAGUGCGCGGGGAGGAGGAUCUGCCCGAGCGGGAGAGGGGGAAGCGGCAUUAUAAAUGCUGGGUGGAUGCGCAGGUGGAGGAUGCGGUUACUGGGGCGGUCACGGUCACCGCGGAGGCGUUGUUUGUGGGCGGGCAGGGGAAGAAGAAGGUUAAUGGUGGCGGGGCGCUAGUUGAGACAGGGCAGCAUGUGAAAUUUUGA